AUGGCUAAUUCGGGAAUUGAGCAACAGAAGCAUUUUAUGAUGGAUUCAUCGCUACCUUCUCAAAGUAUUGCGAACGAAUAUAACACGAAAAAAUUACUUGCUCAUAAUGUGCCAAAAGAGAAGACAAUUAUCAACAAACAGCAAAGAUCAAAUAUUGGAAAUAUUUUGUGGCGAGCAAUGCAGGAUCGUCGAUGUUUAGUGCAUUUUGAAUCUUCGACAUCAAGUGAUGAUGAUGAGAAUGAGCAAGAUUCUGAUGUAUGGAGUGAAGAAGAAUCACACGUAGCAAAUAAGUAA